AUGGAUCGCAAUAUACUGAUGAGAACGUCCAGCGUUCUUCGCUGCGUGACGUCGCGACCCGUCUGUGCGCAACAUGCGUUUGGCGCCUUUCUUGCAGAUAAAACUAGGUGUCUCCAACCUCAAGUCCAUCAGCAGUUGUCCCAUUACGCACAACUCCAUCACUCCGAGCAGAGUAUAGCAUCGCAGUCAUUAGACCCCCUUGAUCCUCACGCGUAUACGAGUGGCCGGUGGCUUCGUCGUGACACAUCAGAGCGCGAAUCACGUUACAUUACGUUCGAUUUCGAUGCUUUGUGUGAAAAGGUCCUCACAUGUUCCCAUGGAGCCGCUUCAAUCAUAUCAUAUGAAAAGAAAGAAGGCGGCUUCAAUCGCGUCUUCAUCUUCACCCUCGACAACGCGAAGCGCGUAGUAGCGAGACUGCCGUUUAAACUUGCCGGCCCGCCUAGAUUGACAACCACCUCGGAAGUGGCUACCAUUAGAUAUCUCCAGAUGAAUACGGGUAUCCCCAUCCCAAAGAUCAUCGACUGGAAUGACGAUGCUUCAACCCCCAUUGGUACUGAAUAUAUCCUUAUGGAGCACGCCAGUGGGAUUCAAUUGCACCAGAGGUGGCCGACUAUGACUUCAGAGCAGCAAGUCCGAUGCAUCAGCGACAUCUAUCAGAAAUUGAAAGAGAUGGCGGCAAUCAAGUUUCCGGUCUACGGGAGCUUGUAUAUGGAACAUUCCUUACCAAGCUCCGCGUCGCAGCAUGUCCUGGAAGACCCGCGCUUUUCUAUCGGUCCGCAUUGCGGGGCCAUGUACUGGGACUGCGAAAUUGGUGAAUCUCGUUAUUACCACAACACAGUCCCCAAUCGGGGUCCACGGACAAGCCUUCGGGCUUACUGCGAUGGCCUUAUUGAUACCGGUAUCUCUAGAAUUCCACCAAGUGAACCUGUACUGCCCAAACGACCACGGUACCAUGGGACUAUCGAAGAGCACCUAGGUCUUCUGGAGUCGGGCCGCAUCGUUCUUAAAAAGAUCUCUGAAGACUCUAGGGUACAGGAUGCGGCUACACCGACCUUAUUUCACCCCGAUCUGCACAAAAGGAAUAUAUUCGUUUCGGACGACGAUCCGACCAGUGUUACGGCCAUCAUUGACUGGCAGAGCGCUGCUGUAGAGCCGGCCUUUUGGUACGCAGAUUUGAUACCAGACUUUGCAAAACCUAUUCCGCACCCGACUCUGGAAGAUCAAUUGGAGUUCAACAGCGAGCAAUGCGUUAAGGUGUUCAAUAUCUCCACUCAAUUUCUCACCCCCACUCUAGCUCGCCCUAGAUUGAUGGACGAAGCCUUCUUUCGUCCAUAUCGCUAUUGCUACAGGACCUGGAAAGAUGGGGCGGUAGCGUUCCGUGAUGAAUUAAUUCAAACGGCGCGUCGCUGGGAAGAGCUUGGCCUCGCAGAUACUUGUCCUUACCCUACCCCGACACCCGUGGAGCUAGCAACUCACAAGAAAGAGUACCAACUAUUUCUGGCGGCUCAGGAACUGAGGAGCAAUCUCUCAGUUCUGCUCAACACCGCAACAGAUGGCUGGGCCCCGCCUGAAGACUGGGAAACGGUGAAGCAGGCCCACAAGGAAUAUUAUGAUGGAAUAUUGGAAGCUGUACUGAACAACGGAGACCCUGAUGAUGAUGAGCCGAUUAGAAGCGAGGAUGAUUUGAGAGAAAUUUGGCCGUUUGACUUGGAAAUGAUUUCGUCCAAACGGCCUGUAUAGGUAGGCCCAGGGUGUGCGAAUAGAAUUCAACAGCAACAUGUAAUUCUGCCUUAUCCGUGAUUAGGCUCGUUGUCGGCCCUUCCUCUCUGGGCGCUGCUAAAUGUACACCCUAUAUUUACUCGGUGUACACCCCUUUUCUACUCC